GAUUUACGAGGAAUGAAAUAGAUUGGAAAACGGUGUUCAUAGUUAAAAGAACAUUUAAAUCUCUCUACAUAUUAUAAUUGUUUAAUCAUAAUUAUUACUUAUAAUCGUCGCAAAAUGUUGCGCAUCAUUGCAAAACGAAUACAGGGUGUAACGAUUACUUCUUUACGAACCUUUGGCACACAAACUGCGAGUACUAAUUCAUCCAAUGUGAAUACCAAUGUGCCAGGCCUCAGUAAUAACGUUGUCAAAAUACCAAACACACCUGUAGGACCCAACGCCUCCAAGAAUAAGGAAUACAAGAAUCCCGAGUACUUUUGCUAUCAUGUAGACUCGUUCGGGGAAGCCGAAGUAGAAUUGGCAAAGUACAGGUUGCCAGCACCAUCUAAUAGAACACCGUUCAAUAAAUAAACGAUAGAACAAAAGCUUGCAGUAGGAACGAAAUAAUAAAUUUAAUAAGUUGAAAAAAUGUACAAAAGAGAUGGCGAUGAUAAGCUGUGUGUGUUCAAAACUAUAUGUGUUACGUAUUAAUCUAGAAAAAUAUGUUUGAUUUGUCUGUGUGA